AUAUUAAUAAUAUAACAUUUUGAGCGUAACUAUCGUUUAUAGUGACCAUUAAUGAGAAUAUUCUGAACGCCAACUGACAGCUAAUUUUGGAUUUGCAAAAUAAUAGCGGAUUUUGUACGACAGCCGUAAUGGCGACCAGUAGUGGCCAACUAUUUUAUUUUUGUUUCGGCUCUAAUCUCUGGUCAAAGCGUAUGCAUAUCAAUGUGAAGAGUGCCGUCAAAUAUGGUAACGGUUUGCUAAAAGACUGGGAGUUCACGUUUGAUGGAUCGUCCAAACUAUGGAAAGGAUCGACAGCUAAUAUCGUACCACAAAAAGAUCAAAAUGUUUGGGGAACUGUUUGGACGAUCAGUGAAACUGAAUUAAACGAUUUAGAUAAACAAGAAGUCGGUUACCGUAGAAUUGAGAUACCAGUGCUGGUCAACAACGACAAGACCAUCAAUUGUUAUACUUAUAUACAGAAAGGCAUUUCCAGUAAUGACUUUGUAUCGGGAACGGGACUCAAAACGCCUAGUCUGUCCUACAAGACUGUCAUAUUAAACGGCGCUUAUGAACAAAAUCUGCCGACAGAUUACAUCCAAUUUCUUAAGUCAUUCAAAGAUAACGGAGUCCUUGAUUGCGGUCCACCAGAUCUUCAGCUCAAACCAUAUACUGAAUGACAAUACAAUUAUUGCUUUUUUCACAGUAAUUAGAAAAACAAAAAACAAAAAUAUUUUUGAUA